UCUCCCAGCUCAGCGUUAAUGUUUAGCCUGAUAACCCUUCUCUCAGGGGGCAGGAGCCACAGCACUUUUCUUCACCCGCCUGUCAUCCACUUGCACUUUAUUCUUUUGAUUGAGCGACAAAAUGGAGGAGACGCUCGAGGAGAAAGUUCUUGCUGAAGUGAAGGUCCCGGAUGAUGACAAAGAAGGAACCGGACGGCGGCUCCGGGAUCGAGAUCUGCUGAGGAAGAGGAAGGCUGAAGCUGAAGAGCGAGCGACUAACCAGUGGGUUUAUGGAGCUCAAAGCAGUAAACGAGUGAAGAGAGAGACUAACAAUGUUCCACGGAAGAAAGGCAGACCGAGAAAAAACGUCCCUGUGAAGGAACAACAGCCUGAAAUGACAGAAGUUCAAGAUGUGGGUGAAACAGUGACACUGAGUCAAGCAGAGGAGAUGGUUCCAGCUCCACCUUCUGCCACUGUUUCCACUUUGGAUUCUGUGUGCAUUCCUGCCCAAGCACCUGCUCCUGCUCUGGAUCUUCCUCAGAUUCCUGCUGGGGUUUCUGUUCCAAUUCCUCUUCAUGUUCCUGAGGUGACUCCAGAGAUGAAGGCCAGCAGUGAAGCUCUUCUUCAAGAGGUUCUAAUCGAAGAUCUCGGCCCUGAUGAGGAACAGGAUAAAGCAGCGCUUCAAGAUAAACUCGUAAUCAUGCAAGGUGGUGUUGAGGAACCGUCAGCCAUCGACGUUGGUGAACAGAAUAAAGAGAUCUCAGACACAGUGUUAGCUUCGUCUCAGCCUGGAAACCUCAUCUAACGAACCCCCGAUUAAUCUCAGCAUCAUCGCCAUCACAUUGUGUUACUCUUAAUUGUAUACAUAAGAAAUUAGACCACAAAAUGGACCAACAGCUCAUCAGAGGCUCUGCAGAAGAUGUGUAAUUUAAAUCAGGGACAAAUGUAUAUUUAUUAAUGUGCCUAUUACAUUGUGCUGUUUUAUUAAACAUGAAGCCAUUUUUUGUUAAAUAAAUCAUUUUAAAUAAAA